ACUGCAAAGUGACAGUUGCAUUUUUUUUCAAAAAUAAACGACAACGGACGAAAAUUAACCGAAGUGCGAUUGAUUUUUUUGUGGUAUUUCCAUCAAAUUGUGAAUUGAACAACGUGUUAUUUUUCAAUUUAUGUGAUAAGUGUGUUUAAAAGACUGUUCCUGUAUACUUACGUGUUCCUCCAUAUUGGAAAUAAUCGCGAAAAUGAAGGAUCCUUUUGUCAACGAUUCCUUUGCCGAAUCACCGGCACAUGAAAGCCUGAAAACCUCAAAUGGAUGCUACAGUCGAAAACUUUUCAAAACGAAUUCCUUCGCGAACUCACGCCGUGCCUUGCAGACCAGCGCUGAGAAGAUAACUAAGACUUUCCGCAGCGUUAAAAACACUUUUGGAAAUAUAUCCGAGCACUUCCGGCUGGGAGGCCGGCGUCGCCACCGGCUGGCCGAGACGGCGUCGCCGUGCCGCGCCCCCACCACCCCUGUCACCAAGAAAAAGAUGCUAGGCCGCAGUCCAGCGAGGCUGUACAGUCCGUUUGGGAUAGAGACCCCGCACAGCCGAGACUACCGCAUGUCACCCUACAUGCCUGACACACCAGACCAUGGAUUAUCCCCAAAAAGACGCAAGGGUGUGAGUCACUCAUGGCACAUUCUGGCAAAGAAGCGGCCCCGGGCACUGUUCCAUUAAAAUAUCUAAUUUUAUUGAUGAAGAAAAUGCAAAAGGGUGUAUAGUUAAAUUAAACUAAGUUUAAGAACCUGUUUCACUUAUUAAUAAUGCAGCCUGCUUAAAUAGUGUAGUACUGUUCUUGACCAUUACUGACAUCUAUGGUCAUUUAUAAUGGGUUUUGUUAUAUUUAAUUGAUACUACAUUUUACGUUUUUUUUUUACCUAAGCCAGAACUAAUGAAAACAAAAAAAAUAUAGAAAUAUAAAGGUGAACAUGAGUGUGAAAUGGGUAUUUUAGCUUAGCUACUGCCAGUAGACAUUUUUCUUUACACCCUAUUUAAAUGAGUUGGUUUAAAUCGCGAACUAUUACAUAAUCUUGUGUACUUAUAUCAGUAUUAACAAAUGUACCCACCGCUUUGAAGUGAGGCUUUAUAUACAUAUAAGGUAUAUUAAAUUAAAAUAUGGUGCUAUUUUUGUAAUGCAUCUUUUGCCAACAUAAACUUAAAUAACUCUUCACCGAUGAAAAAAAAAAUUGAUGAUUUUUGGCUGAAGUCAAGACUUGUGUAAGUUUUUGUUGGCACAAUAAUUUUAAAUGAGGCAAUUUUAUAUGCAGCUUUUUGAAUGUACCUACUUACUUAUAGGAACUACGAAUACUUAUUGCGAUAUAAUAUUCAGUUUUAUUAAGCAAGUAUCAACAUACUGCUUUAUAAAGUCAAAGGUGUAUUUGACUUCAAAUGUUAUAGAAUUUAAAACAGGUAUUUUUCUCAUCUUCAUAUACCUAUGUAUGUAUGUAUACUUUAGUAUCUUAUAAACCACCUUUUGCAUGAAUCAUACGCAUUAUCGGUUUGUGAGGAGGUACAAAACUGAAAACUGUAUAGCUACUUAUAAAGCUGACCAUAAUUAAUUAUUAGAUUAUUUAACGUCUACUUUUUAUGUGCAGAGAAAGAUGAUUUAAUUUGUCAGACUGCGAUGGUCAAUCAUGAAUCAUGAUCUGCCCACGAAAUCUUCCAAGUAUCACCACGAAACUAUUUUGUUAAGUACUUAAAUAAAAAAAUUAUCUACACUCACGAGCAAUCAAAAAGCUCCAGUGACAAAAGCACCAAAUUACUCCUAAACGAAAAAGGCUAGGUUUAUGAAGCUGUCUGCAAUAUUGCGCAUCAGAAUACCUACCAACUAAAACCGUUCGUAUUGUGUUCAAAUUUUAAAUUAAAUGUUUUCAAAAAUUGGGGUCUUUCAGUGUCGGCAUUUGUAAAUGGAACUCUUUCAUUUCACGAGUGUAACAAAGUGCAAAUAUUUAAACCGAUUUAUAUUCAUUGGAAAAGAAUCUCAAUAGCAGAUGCAUUUUAUCUUUAUUAUUUGUAUCUGUACUUUUUAUAAAUUAUGCUAUUGAAUUAAGACAAACAAUUGCGUGAAGGUAAUUUAUUUAUUUUCCCUGUUUAUAAUGACUGAAAUGAAAUAACUUUAUGCAUACCUUUCCUUGUAAUUUAGUGCUAACUACGCUUGCAUAUGACAAUAUUAUAAUACCUAUUUGUAUCUAGAAAUAAGUUUUUUAUAUCGAUAUACCUACUUUUUACACUUAGGUACUGCCUGUUAAGAUUUUUAUGUUUAUGUACUUACGUUUAGAAGACUGAUAGCCAUCAUACUUAUUUGUAAUCAUAUUUUAUGUUAGUCUUUCAUGCAAGUACUGAUGAUUUAGACUUUUUAUGUAGAAAGCUGACAUUGGACUCUCCUAGUGCUACCAGCUUUGUGUCUGAAUAGGGGGGUCAUAAGAAACUCAUUAUGUAACGUAAGUCAGUUAAUUUGAACCUAAUCCCCUUAUUAUAGAACAAAGACUAAAUAUGGAUCUGGUUUAAACCCGGCUUUGGACCACUGAUUUGUAAAUUUAAGAAGUUCUAAAGCAGUACUAUCUUUAGACUACGUUUUAUAAUAAGGGGAAAUGUAUACAAAAAUUUAUUACCUAAUCAUCUACUAGUAUUGGUUUGAUAUUUUUGAUAAAUUCAUACAUAAUCAAACUUGUAUGCAGCUUUUAUAAUAUUUUUUAGAUUUAAUAAGUGCUGAAUAUUAUUAAUAAAUAUCUAAACUUUUUAUAUGAU